AUGCUUCUUCUUCUCUCCCAGUCCAUGUACAUGUCUUCGCAGUCCUGUUUCCAACCAAUCAAAUACACGAAUAUCUCAACCCUAACAUUAUUUCAAUCUCUUUCGCAGCGGUCUUCCACGCAAUUGUUUUCCCGGCACUCCUGUGUUCAUCUAAGCAUGUGGCAGACUACUACAUGGGUACGUCGUGACCUCAUAGUGAAUGACAGCGCCCUGGUAGCGGCGGCAGAUAUCCCAGCCGAUAGUUCAGUGAACUUACAUCGAAUUGCUACGUCUGUGUCAAACAUCCCAAGGGCUUUAAUGGACGGAACCAUGGUCUCGCAGUCCUUGAUUUGCGCGAGUGAUGACUGCAUAUCUUACCAGUUAGCGUUUAGUGAGACGAGGGCUUUCUCCACAUGGGCUGUCUUGCAAGAAAGAUUGUAUGCAUCUUGGAUGCAAGUCUUAGAUCCAAGGCCAGCGAAGGGUGGUGCUGUUGGAUUGCAUCAGGCUGUUUCUUAUGUGUCGCCUUGGGAGUGCGACUCCGCUAUAACCUCGAUGUAUUACUUGGCUACGUCGAGUUUUUUGAUCCGGAAUGGGAUCGUCACCAAUGAGUUGCUUCACCCGUUUGAGAUAUUCAUCCUGUGUCGGGAAAGUUUCAUUUUCGGCCCCAUAAGAAGGGAAGACGAUAGGGAUCCACUUACUCGAUGCUCAUGUCUCAUUUUCCCCUUUGAACUCGAAUUUACUCAUGCUAAGUCUCACCAUUCUAAUAAUGGCUGUCUAGUCAUAGGCCGGAUGCUUCUCAUCGGGCUGCAUCACAAAAUGUACAUUCCCCUUUUUAUGUUUCACUACAUGGGAAAGAUAUACUUCAGCUUAGAUGUUGAUAGCGGGACCUUAGCUGGGUUUUUAUACCAUGGGAAUUCCAAGCAUUCUGAUUCCUUGGUUUCAGGCCACGGCAUAACUGUAUGGAUACUUCGAUUUGAUGCGGUAAUCUUAGUUGGUACUGUUGUCUCUGACAGUGCUGAUGAUACUGCUGAUGAUACUGAUGGGAGAGUCUUUGGAUUAGGCAAUGUAGUGUCGGAGCGCAUCGAGAAGCCGUGUAGGGCUGCACGCUUGGCCAGAGAUGGUGAGGCUGCGUCGUAUUCUCCAUUUGCACUGAACUAUUUGCUGUUAGGAAACCUACUGGCCCUGUGUAUUGUCAAUGUUUCGUACCUCGCGGGGAAUCGUUCCCCCACGAGUGAAUCCUUCAAAAGUUGGUAUUCAAAGUUCUGGAAAAACGUUGUUGGGACAGAUUUUUCCCCAGACAUACUUUUGCUCCAUCUACACUACAUCAUAUUUUCGCCUUUCGUUGCAACUAAGACGCAUUCCACCUCGAGGUCAAUGUCUCGGAGGCAUUCUGAGCCUAUCUUCAGAGACGUUCAAGAACCGCUCUGGCGGCUUCUUAUACUGACUGCAGCCAUGUUGGUAAUCGGUGCUCGUGGCGUAUCUGCCGAACCAGAUGUUGCUCCAAUCCUAAUUCCGGUUAGCCCUACCAAAGUCAAUCCUCUAAGACUAGGAAGCCGACGCAAGCCGCACCAUGCUGAGCCGACUCUUACGAUUAGAUGGUCGGUCUCUAACAGUGAUGGAAGUAUUGGCUUCCCGUCGGUUGUGACAGGAAUAGGCUCUGGGAGAUUGCUUCUAAUGGCGUUUCUUUGGAAGAAGCAGUUGUUGAGACCGAUUAUUGUCUUUAGCGGUCCGCUGAAAAAGGAGAGGCGCUUAAGGAAUAGCGCAUUCAUAACACUUAACAAAUUGGGUGAAUUGGACGCCGUUCCCCCCUACUUUGUGUCAGAAAAUCUUGAUUUGGCGAGAAUCAAACCACCCUCUCUAAGCAAGACAACUCUCUUUCUCCAAAUUCCACCCCCUUUCAUUAUUGAACGUUUCAGCUCUUUAGGGUAUACAAUCCUAUUUUCCUUCGACUUACUCGACAAUGUAGAAGACAUGUCAAGCAAUGAGCCUGUCUAUCCAAAGCACGAUGCCCGUUGUCUCAUUCGACGUAGCCACAAGAUACCCUUGCUCAUCUGCUUCCGCCUCUCCAUCGCUCGCCACGUGCACCUGAUCCGGCUUAACCACUUUCCGCAGAUUUUAUACAGGGGUCUGGGCGUCCUCCAACACGAUAUGACCGUAUGGCCCGGUCUGGUCGUGAGCCCCAGCCCAUUUGCAGCUGAAGAGGGUAACUUUGUGAAGCGGAAUCUGCUGUUUACCUACGGUCUUGAUGAAGGGGAUAUAUGUGCCGUUCAGCUACGGUGGAGGUAUGAAGCUGUUAGUAUGUCUUUUAGAAGAAAUAUUUUAGCCCUCAUAGGAAUAUAUGAAAGCUAUGUGCCCAUCGAGUGGUACCAAUGUACUGCAUCUGAGCACACUUCACCGAACAUGGCUCUAAUUUUGGACAAAAGGCUGUGGCUUUUAGCGCUUUCCCUAAAUUCAGUCCUAAGUUUGGCAGUUUACACUUUCCCACCGAAAUCCUUGGUAAAUGUCGAAGGAUACUUGGGUCAAGACGUUUCAGCUAGCCCACUCCUAAGUCUUAAUCUUAUUCAAGGGGCCGGGUCCGCUGAAGGAGGUUCACGAUGCCUCCACGAGCAAAGUGGUUGGCUGCCCUGGGGCUCGGAUAUUAGAGACACCCCAAUCCUGAGCCUUUUUUCUACCACUGGGAGAGAAAACUACACUCUUAUGACUUCUCUCUCCUCAUCUCCUCGGACAUGUUCCACAGUCACGCGAAAAUACCUCACUGUUGGAGGAGGUAGUGAAAAACGUACAAAGGAUCGGAAAGUCAAGGAUGGUGAGAAGGGCAUGCACAAACUAGGCUAUGUGGCGGUAGAAACUGGUACCGGGAGAUAUCAUCGCAGAAGAAGGUUCAAGGGAAGGGAUCAGCCUCAUCCCCUUUUGCGAGCCGGGAGGGUAGCACACGAAUAUCCAAAAGCUGAAACUAGUGAAGCGGGCGCCGGGACAAAACUGAGGUAA